AUGUCGAACUUGUCAGUGACGCUCAAGGCUCCUAACGGACGCCAAUAUAUCCAGCCUACAGGGUUGUUCAUCAACAACGAGUUCGUGACCGCCAAAAGCAACAAGACUAUCACUUCAAUCGACCCAGCGACAGAAGCCGAGAUUGUAACAGUGCAGGCGGCUGGACCUGAAGAUGUUGAUCUUGCAGUCCAAGCAGCUCACAAGGCUCUCAAAGAUGCGUCUUGGAAGUUGUUGCCGGCAACAGAUCGAGGGAUACUCAUGACACGCCUUGCGGAUUUGCUUGAGAAGAACAAGGAGCUCCUUGCAACAAUUGAUGCUUGGGACAAUGGCAAAACAUACUCAGAAGCUCUCAACACCGACUUGCCAGAAGCCAUUACCACCAUUCGUUACUACGCUGGAUGGGCAGAUAAGACCUACGGACAGACGAUCAACACUAAUUACCAGAAGUUUGCAUACACUAUUCGGCAGCCCAUCGGUGUUGUGGCUCAGAUCAUUCCAUGGAAUUAUCCCCUGUCUAUGGCUACUUGGAAGCUAGGACCUGCUCUCGCCUGCGGGAAUACAGUCGUAAUCAAGGCCGCAGAACAGACUCCCCUUAGCAUUCUUAUGCUUGGUCAGCUCAUCAAAGAGGCCGGCUUUCCACCUGGCGUCGUCAAUGUCAUCAACGGGUAUGGUGCGGAGGCUGGCCCAGCUAUGGUCGAGCACCCCCUUGUCGACAAGGUCGCUUUUACUGGCUCGACGGCAACAGCACGCCAAAUCAUGAAAAUGGCAUCUGCCACGCUCAAAAAUAUCACAUUGGAGACCCGAGGAAAAUCGCCACUGAUCGUCUUCAACGACGCUGACAUGGAGCAGGCAGUCAAGUGGAGCCACCUGGGAAUCAUGUCGAACCAAGGACAGAUAUGUACCGCAACUUCACGCAUCUUGGUAGAAGAUGGAGUGUACGACGAGUUCGUGAAGAAGUUUGUUGAGACUGUGAAAGACGUCAGCAAAGCGGGGGAUCAGUGGGACGAUUCUACCUACCAAGGUCCACAAGUUUCACGGCAGCAGUACGAUCGAAUCUUGCAAUACAUCCAGUCUGGAAAAUCAGAGGGAGCGAACGUUGCCGCAGGUGGCGAGACACUGCAAAAAGGUGGCAAAGGAUUCUACAUCUCUCCCACCGUCUUCACCGAAGUAAAGGACUCGAUGAAGAUCUAUCGCGAGGAGAUCUUCGGUCCAGUGGUCGUGAUCUCGAGGUUCUCAGAUGAAGAGGAAGCCAUUCGCAGGGCGAACGACACCACAAACGGAUUAGGAUCUGCCCUCUUCACGCAAAACCUCGAGCGUGCCCAUCGUGUCGCUGCAGAGAUUGAGGCCGGUAUGGUGUGGAUCAACAGCAGCCAGGAUUGUGAUCCGAGAGUUCCUUUUGGAGGUGUAAAAAUGAGCGGCAUUGGUAGAGAGCUAGGAGAAGCUGGCCUGGAGGCGUACUCGCAGAUCAAGGCGGUUCAUGUGAACAUGGGCAACAAGCUAUGA